CUAAUCCCUGACAGGUUUUUGACAGAAACAUCGCCUUUUAUGUGGGCAAACCUCGGAAUUGGACUGGCUAUCUCUCUGUCUGUCGUUGGGGCUGCAUGGGGGAUUUACAUCACUGGUUCCAGUAUUCUCGGGGGUGGUGUGAAGGCUCCAAGGAUUAAAACCAAAAAUCUUGUCAGCAUCAUUUUCUGUGAAGCUGUCGCGAUUUACGGGAUUAUUAUGGCGAUUGUCAUCAGUAACAUGGCAGAGCCGUUUAGUGGCAAUACUCCUCAGACCAUUGGAGCCAAGAAUUACCAAGCGGGAUUCUCUAUGUUUGGAGCCGGCCUGACUGUAGGAUUCUCUAACCUCUUCUGUGGCAUCUGUGUUGGUAUCGUGGGCAGUGGUGCUGCCCUGGCUGAUGCCCAGAAUGCCAGCCUCUUUGUGAAGAUCCUAAUUGUUGAGAUUUUUGGUAGUGCCAUUGGGUUGUUUGGUGUCAUUGUGGCUAUUCUACAGACGUCCAGAGUGAAGAUGGGAGAUUAGGCCGUUUGAAGACAUACAAGAGCCUCAGAAAAUCAAGAUGUUCAUAUUCUGGAAAGAAGACCAAGGCAAAUUGUACAUAAUAAUUUAUUUAACUAUUUUCCUGAUCUUUUGUUUCUGACUGUUUUUAACCCAUCAUUUGCUGGAGAGUGAUAAUGUCAACAGUCUACAGUGGUUUCUGGUUAGUUGUGCGACAGAGACCAGGUCUUGUUCAGCAGAGACAGUAUUCUUAGUCUGUACCCCUAACUUGCAGAUGUCACUCCUCAUUUGUGUUUUCUUGGAAGUUAGUGGUCAGGCAGAAUAUUUAAACUCCUGCUGUCAUGUACUGGUCCAUUUCAUGCAAUGUGAUACAACUGAGGCAAUGUCUGCCACAUGUAAGUGGUAGCAAUGAAUCUAAUGCUGCAAUCAUGCCACACUCCCAUUUGCCAAGACCUUGCCAAGUCUGCAAUGGAUGGAUUCACAUUAAACUGUCCCUGUAAAAUUUGUGUGCAUCAAGUUACAUCUUGUAGGUGUUUUGUUUCCCUUUUCAAUGUAAUGGAGAAGCUUGUGCACAAGAACUUUGAAUUGUUCAUGUUUUGUUACACCAGAAUAGUCACCAGUAAAAUAAAGGACAGAU